GCUCCUCUUCCCCCGCUGCCCCUCCAACCCCGCCAUCCUCUCCCCUCCCGGGCUUAUUGCGAACCCCCGCGCGGUUUCGUCCGGAUCCGAGGGACCGGGGCGGCCGAUGGAGCAAAAGUAAUGGUUUUCCGGGGGGACUGUCACUGAGUAGGAGGAGGAGGCUGUAUUUGUUAUGCCGAGCGAGGUGGUGUGUUUCCGGGCGACUUAUAAAAGGGGGGGAGCCUGGGACCGAGAUAAUCGAAACUCAAGAAGUCAGUCGCCCUAGGACGCCCUUCCUGUUUGAUCGCGAAUUUUUCUCAGGAUGAAGCUCCUCGCGACUGCUGCGUUGCUGCUUGCAGCUGGCGUUUCCGCCAUCAAGAACCCGGUUCUCCCAGGAUGGAACCCUGACCCGGCCAUCCUCCGCGUCGACGACACCUACUACAUGGCCGUCUCCUCCUUCACCUACUACCCCGGCGUCCCCAUCUACAAGUCCAAGGACCUGGCCAACUGGGAGCUCGUCUCCCACGCUCUCAAGACCCCCGACGUCCUCCCACUCUACGGCAUCUCCGCCGGCGAGGGAGUCUGGGCCCCGUCCUUCUCCCACCACGACGGCCUCUUCUACAUCACCUCCAUGACCCGCUGGGGAUCCGACCCGGACUCCCGCACCUGGCCGCGCAUCUGGUACGUCUCCUCGCCGGACCUCGUCACCUGGUCCGACCUCAUCUGGGCCGAGCCCUACGGCAUCGACCCGGACAUCUUCCACGACCCCGUCUCUGGCAAGGACUACCUCAACCUCAUGGGCCCCAACAACAACUACGACCGCCUCUGGGGCAUCACCCAGUGCGAGAUCGACCUCAAGACGGGCAGGUGCGUCGGCCCCUAUCGCAACAUCUGGAACGGCACGCUGCCCCAGCUCCCCAGUGCCAGGCCCGAGGGCCCCAAGAUGUUCAGGCGCGGCGACUGGUAUUACCUCGUCCUUGCCGAGGGCGGCACGAGCACCGGCCACCGCGCGACCGUCGGCCGCUCAAAGUCUCCCGAGGGCCCCUGGGAGUCGUCGCCGACGAACCCCCUCAUCUACAACGGCGCCGACCAGAAGCUGACGGUCCAGUCCACCGGUCACGCAACCUUCACCGACACGGUCGACGGCGAGUGGUACGCGUCGCUUCUCGCGCGGCGCAACGUCAAGGGCGCUUCGCCGCUCGGCCGCGAGGCCUUCCUGGUCAAGGUCGACUGGGAGGACGACUGGCCGACCAUGAACGGCGGGGAGCCGCUGCUGCUCAGCCAGAGCGUCGAGGGGCCCGACCAGGAGCUGCCGAAGCCGAAGUGGGCGGACGAGUUCGACGGCCCCGAGCUGGGCCUGGGGUGGUACCAGACACGGACGCCGUACACGCAGAACUUUCGUCUCAAGUCGGCCGGCGGGCUCGGGAAGCGGGCGUACGCCAACGCGUCGUCGGGGAUUGUCUUCCACCCCAACGUCUUCACGCUCGGGGACCGCGACACGGCCGCCGCCGUGCUCCACAAGCAGACGUCGUUGAACAUGACCUUCUCGGCUAAGCUGUUGUCAACAUCGGCGGGGCUGGGCCCGAGACAGUCGGUGGGCAUCUCGUCGUAUCUUAGCGAGGUCAACCACCAAGACAUUGGAGUGAGGGGUUGCUGGAGCUCGGCCGGCCUGUGUGUGUUUGUCGACUUGCUCCCGACGUCGACCGGACCGUCCACAAGACCAAACUCAACCGAGUACCCGUUGAACCUGUCCAAGAUUCCCGCGGAUCUGACGCUUCACAUCCGCGCCACGCCGCUCAAGUACUCGCUCGGAUACUCGCACGGCAACGCGACGUCCACAACGUGGCUGAAAGAGUUCAACUCCAAGCAGAUGGGCUCCAACCCCGGGUACCCCAACUUUGAAGGGUCCAUGUUUGCUCUCUUCGCCAGCGGUAACGGAGAGCCGUGGCCAUACGACGCUCCCGAGGUGGGCUUCCAGAGGGUCGAGGAGGUCUACUACGAGGAGAACCUCCCGGAUUACGACAACUGGAGUUGAGACGGCUGAUGAGGACGUGGUGUGGCUGGCCGCGAAGCCACAUAUUAUUGUGAAUUGUAGAUGGCAAUCGAAGCAUGGGAAACUGCAUCGAACCCUUAUGAUCAAUGUGCCUAGCUGCUGUCCGUGGAAUUGUGAUGAGAAAGCUUCUUCCUCU